AUGCGAUGCGCGAGCAAGGCCGCCGAGAGCACGUCCGCACGUCUCUGUGCGGACGCCGAAGCAGAAACCACAGCAACUGAUGCCUCAUCGGUUGCUGAAGCGACCCAGCCUGUGUCACUUGGUGAUGCAGACGCUGGUCAUGAAGACACUCAUGUCUUCACAGAGUACGAGCUCGGUGUCUCGUACUCUCCUGAUACGGAAGACGGAUCCGUAUCGACGGCGAUCGAAUCCAAGCCGCCUACCAAGCGUGGCAUGGACGAUGCUUUGCGUCGUAGCAUCUUUGUUUCAUCUGACGAAUCAGAUGAACCAUCGCCGAAGCGAAGGCGCUCGAGGUCGCGAGACUCGGGCGCUAACAGUGAUGUCGGUUCUCCUGUUGACACCACUUCGCAGCGAGGUACCAGUACUUCUGUCGGCACGUCACAGGAAGAUCGGGACCGCAGCGUGUUGCGUCUCGCUCCCGAAAAGAAAGCAUGGCUGCCUCCAAAGUCAGUCAUGGAUCGCUUGUCGACGACUGCAAGUGAUCGCUAUCGAACACGAUUGUUCGAUUCAUCAAGGGUCCAUCACCUUGACCCCAGUGCGAAAGACUAUCGCGCUGAGAACGAAUUCUUCAUCGAUGCUUUCUUUAGACAUCGAUGGUACAGUGGGAAUCACAAGCGUGAUGGUCCCUCACUACUUCAAGCGUGGAACGCCUACAUCCAUAACCUUGAGGAUGUAGGUCGUGACGUUUGGAACGACAAACUUAUCAAAGCUCGUGAUAAGUUUGAAAAGCGAACCCCGACAGGUGCACGCUACAAGCUGCAUCGUCUGUCAAGAUAG